AUGGGAGAAGAUGAGAAUGUUGGAGUCGAUGUGGACCAUGGUGGGAAUGAUCUGGCGGUGGGUCCGACUGACAUAGAGGGCGAGAAGGCUGUCGACGUGGAAGAGGAGUUGGAUGACGUGGAACUCGACAGAGAUGAUGUGGCCAUCUGGUCGAACAAGUCGGAGGUCGACUCAGAUGAGUUGGAGGUCGAUUCAGAGCUCGACGCAGAGGGUGGACGAGAGUCGAAGCAGAACCGAUAUGGUGAAACGAAUGCUUCAUUUGAGUAUGAAUAUGAAGGGGAGGAGGAAGAGUACGAAGAAGAAGACUAUGAGUCUGAAGGGGAGGAGGAUGAGUCCAUGGAAGAAGACACUGAAUCUGAAGGGGAGGAGGAUGUGUCGAUGGAACAAGAAUUUGGGCAAUCUGAAUCACAGAAAGCACCAUUCUUCAGCGUCGGUAUGACAUUUGGCAAUGCUGAAGAAAUUAAGAGUGCUAUUAACCAAUAUGCAAUAGCAGAAGGAGUUAAUAUGAAAUUGAUAAAGAGUGACUCAUCAAGAAUCAAAGCUGUAUGUCAAAAGGACUGUCCUUUUGUUGUGUACGCUUCAAAAGAGCAGUCGAGGCCAGGAUUGAAGGUGAAGACCCUAUGUUAUGAGCACAGAUGCCUGAGGGUUUUUAAAAACAAAAGAGCCAGUGCAAAGUGGUUAGCUAACCACUUCAAGAAGAAAAUUCAAGAAAUGCCACAAUAUAAAGCUAGCGAGAUGAAAAAGGAUGUUGAAAUUGAGUUCAAGGUACAUGUUAGCAUCCAUAAAUGCAAGAGAGCAAAGAGAUUGAUAAUGGAUGAAAUGGAAGGAAGCUAUAAGGAUGAAUUUCAGAAUUUAGAAGCUUAUUGUAAAGAGUUGAGAACUUCAAACCCAGGUUCAGAUAUUAGUGUUGAGGUGAGCAAAGAAGCUCUGGAAAACGGGAGAAGAGAGUUUAGGAGGAUGUAUGUAUGCUUCAAUGCUUGUAAGGUUGGGUGGAAGGCGGGUUGUAGGCCGUUUAUUGGGCUAGAUGGCACUUUUUUAAAAGGUAAAGCCAAAGGGAUCUUGCUCACUGCAACCGGCAUUGAUGCAAAUGACUGUUUGUAUCCCCUAGCAUUUGGAUUGACCUAA